GCCUGCGAACCAACCCGCCGAAAGUGCGCUUUUCAGAGCACGUGUCCAUCAGCGACCCAGACUCAACAAUGCUCAAGGACGACUCCUUGCUACUCAUACCAAAUGUGUUGAAGGUGUUCUUGGAGAAUGGACAGAUUAAGUCCUUUACAUUUGAUAACCGUACCACUGUUAGGGAUGUGAUCUCCUCCCUGCAGGACCGCCUCUCACUGCGCUACAUUGAGCACUUUGCCUUGGUGUUAGAGGCAGGUGGUUUGGACCAGAACCCAAGGUUGCAUCUGCUACAGGAGAGCCAGCCUCUGACACAUGUGGUGCAUAGAACCUAUUUCCAAGGGAUGAAGUGUCUGUUCCGCAUCUGCUUCUUCCCGAAGGACCCUGCAGACCUGCUGAGAAGAGACCCUGCUGCUUUUGAGUACCUCUAUAUACAGAGUCGCAAUGACGUCAUCAAGGAACGCUUUGGCAUGGACUGGAAAUCUGACAUCACGCUACGAUUGGCUGCGCUUCAUAUCUACAUCACUGUGUCCUCCGCGCGGCCUAAUCAGAAGAUCUCUCUCAAGCAUGUUGAGAAAGAGUGGGGACUAGAGCCUUUUCUUCCCCUCACUUUGCUUCCAACAGUCAAGGAGAAGAAUGUGUGCAAAAGCCUGUCUCAGUUGCUGAAGACCUACCAGCAUCCACCACCGUCGGGAAACAAGGUCCCUCCUCUCCAAGGAAAGCUGCAGUAUAUGCGUGUACUCAACGACCUCCCACCUUUUGGUGGCAUACUGUUUCACACUGUUGGACUGGAUGAAAAACAAUCAGCUACAACACUACUUGUGGGUCCUCGACAUGGUAUAAGUCACGUUAUUGACCUGAAAAACAACCUCACAACAGUUCUGGCUGAGUUCAGUAGGGUUGUCAAGAUCCAGCUCUACCGAGAAAGCCAGGGAGUGGCUCGUGUCGAGGUGACAAUCCAUGAGGCCAAGCCCCUGGUCCUACUCAUGGAAUGGCCUGAUGCCAGUAACUUUGCAUGCCUCAUCUCUGGCUACUACAAACUGUUUGUAGACCCCAAACGGACCAUCUACUUCCGGACCCCUGGUCAGUCUCAGCUGACCAAAGCAGAUUACAGAAGCUCCCACCAUGCUCACCCACGUUCUGGGGCAACCAGCUUGCCAAGUGGAGGGCGCCGAGGGGACGAGAGGGAAAGCUCACACAGGGAGUCAGGGUCUUCAAGGGCCCUAGUUCCGGCCGAGCCCCAGCACCUGGGCUUGUGUCAUGUCCACCUUCGAGAACAACAGCAAUUUCAAGAGCUCCAAACACACGCUGAAGCUGAACUCGACAUCAAUGAAAACUUUAUUUCCCAUGAGCCCCCUUGGCGGCCCCACACUAAAUCAGACGCAACCCAGCAGAGUACAGAGGAAAUAGCUGAUGUUUUAGAGAGCCCAGCAGUGGAGAAUGCAGGAUUCAGAAUUCGAGCCCAAACAAUGCGUCAAUCCCAGAAAACUUCACGAUACUUUUGUGACUCCUGCAAAACCAGACAUAAGGCAGAGGGUCUGUCAACAGCAAUGAACAGUAGUGGGAGCUCGGGGAAACACUGCUCAAGUGCUUGUGCCUCCCGAGCUGGAGGCGCUGUUGACCUCAUGGCCCUUCAGCCCCCAGGAAUUGAAGAGGAGGAAGAGGCAAAUGCUGGUGGAGAGAAAUUGCAACCACCACCACCUGCUAUUGCUGCCCCACCACCUGGCUUCAGGGACAACAGUUCAGAUGAGGAUGACCCAAAGAGAGGCAGGAAGGCUCAAACCAGUGCCAGCCCUGGGGUCGCCUCUGGGAAGCUGGCCCAAGCCAAGGAAGAUGUGCUUGUAACACUAAUUGAUAAUGUGGCCACAAGAACAGUCCGAGAUCAUGCCCAGGAGCUUGACGAUGCCUUGGUGUCUACCUUACAGGCACUAGAGGCUUUGGCAGCCUCUGAGGACUACCCCCAUCACCCUCAACAGCCAACACAGACUGCAGGGCUGAUUGUCUUAGCUGCCAUUACACCUGAGUCAUCAUUGGACUCAGGCCAUGAGACCAACUCUUCUGAAUUAACUGAUGUUUCGGAGGUGGUGUCAGCUAUGAAGCAGAACCAGAACAAGGGUUACCUGCUGGCUCAUCACAUCAACAAAGAACAUAUACUCUGUCGCCGUGACUUUCCUCUGGCAAUCCCUGGCUGCACUGCAAAGACCAUAGGGACUGGGGCCUUCUCUGUGGGUCAGAUUCGUGUUGGAUGUCCACCCAAGCAAGUAAUUCUAAGCAAGACGGUUCCCUUUAAAGUCAGUCCCAGUCCAGACUCUGCAGGAGUCAGAGUUGUAACAGAGCAGGGGGGCAAUCAAGAGACUCAGACGGAACAGAAAGAAGAGACGGAAGAAAACCUUGAGUCCACCAAAGCAAACAGCCCUGAUCGCCCUUCUAAGUCAACUGAUGAACUUAAAGUGGCUGGUGCUUCUUUGACAGCUCAAGUCAGUAAAGAGCAGAAGCUAUUAAAUUCUUCUGGGGAGACCUUGAGCCAAAAUCAUUCAGAUGGUAAAAUGGGGAAGACAACCACACCUCUUAUAACAAACCCUAGCAACAAAGCCUUACAUAUCCUCCUACCUGUGGAAAGAAUUGCCUCUGCCAAGAUUUCUCCCACUAAUAUGUGCCAAGAUGCCAAGACUGCCUCUAGUGAGACCAUGAAGCCUUCAAGCUCUACAGAACUGUUGCCAGUUGAUGAACUUUUCUGCACGUGCUCAGUGCAACAGGAGCCUGGGGCUCAACUAAGACUAAAAGACCCCAAAGUUCAGAAGAUAGCAGUAUUCCAGUCCUCCUCCCCCACAGAUGAUGAGCGUCUUCAGGCCAAAGGCCUUCAGCUUGAUAACAGCAAAGAAAAUGAAGUGAGAGUAGGAGCAGAUCCUAGCUUGGCAAAACCCACCCCUCAAAUACAAACCAAGCAUUCCCCUCAUUUGCUUGUAAAUGCAGAGAGAAGAGAGGCAGCUGAAAACAAGUCUGAGAGUGCUCCGGGCAAAUCCCACCCUGAGUCACAAAAAUGUCCCAUAAAAUCGUUACCUAUUUUAGAUGAUCUGACAACACCUAGCCCCUCUGUAGAUAAAGUCUCCACUCUCCCUGUCAGAGACUCAAAGAAGCAAUGUAGUAGGAAGGGGAAGUCCCCGCGCAGCGCUCCUUUCUUGAGCUUUAGAAACCUUCUUUCAGCUACCUUCCCAGCACGAAUGCGAAGAGAAACAGAUGAGCGAAGGGCUCAGUUGCAGAAAGUCCGGCAGUAUGAAUUAGAGUUCUUAGAGGAACUGCUGAAACCCAAGUCAUCCCAAGGAGAAUUUUUGCCACAGGGAUCCUCACCUGUGCCCUCGGGCACACCCUGUGCCUGCCAACUCCGCACCAGCCCUGUAAUAAAGGCUCCAGGUAUAUCCAGGGAGCAGCGACGAAGCUGUGACUGUAAGAGAAUGUGUAGGGGCAUGCGACUACCUGACACACCAGUUGGAUCCACAACAGAGACACAACACAGAGGUAGAGAGAGACCUAUCUCUAAAACCCCUCCAACCGUCUCCAAAGCACCUCAUAUCCAAGGUGCUUCAAGAAGACCUCAGACUUUGGAGAUUAAGACCACACGAAUACGCUCUACCAGUCUGGAGUCAAGAGAGCCUAGGGGAGAGCAGGGUUCCUGCUUGCCCAUCUGUACUUCUCCAACCGAUUGCAUGGGAGCACCACAAUACAAGACGCUCCAGAGGCGAUACAGCAUUGGAGAGCUGGAUAACAGCACUAGCACGGCUGUGUAUGCUGAGGUGAAACCCAAAGCCAAGAGUCUAGAGAAAGAGAUGGAGAGAGUGAGGGCCACAGGGCUGAGGCUCCCCACCCCAGUAGAGCCGGUCCACAGUCAGUCUUUCCAAGUAGAGGGGAAGGGUAAAAAGGGUGUAUUUUUCAUUCAGGGAGAAGAGCUAUUGCGUGAAAGUAAAGGGACUAGCGAGGUGCCGCUGACCCUGCCGAGUGAAGACAGUGAUGACAAGGAUAAAUGCUGCUCAUUCUGUUUCUGCUACAGGAAGUGUGAGGUCGCAGAUGAAAGCAGUGAAAAGGAUGAGCUCUCAUACUCCAUACCUCUUCAGGUCCUUCCAGGCAUAGAGUUGGACUCGCAUACCUUUCCUGUAGUCAGCAAAAUGCUCCAUGUUCUUGAUGCAGAGGAUUGCAGUCGUGAGGAAGAGGAGGAGGAGCCACAGACACAGGAGAUUGACCUGAGAGCCUGUGAUACAAUGGAGGGGAGCCUUGCACGGGUACAGGCUUUACAGGGAAACAGUUUCAGCUUGCCUGAUGGUUUCCUAAAUGCCCAGUUGGAUGCUAAUGAGUUACUCGCUAUUCUGCGUCAGUGUGCCAACAGCCCCCAAACUGAGGGCGAGGCUCGACUUCAGCCCUCACAGAUUUCAGAGUACAAACAGGAGCUGGCGGUGCGAUUCAAAGAAUUCAGAGCAUCUUGUCGACGAGUGGCAAGUGUUGAAAAAAGCCCAACACGUAUGCUUGCUGUUGUCACAACCAGCUUUCAAGUGUUGUGUGAACUAACUCAGACCUUCAUCAAAUUGGUUAGGGGGGUUCGUUCAGAAACCCAAAGGCUGCAGCUGUUGAGAAAGGUUGAGGAAGUAGCUAUCAACUACACGUUGCUUCUGCGCGCAGCAGAAGAAUCAAUGGGGCACUCGAGCAGCUUGCCGACAAAAUCAGUGAGCCCUCAAGUUUCCUCCAACACGAAUAACAUGAGCUCACUUACUCGACCCAUCAAAACUCUGCCGGAACAGUAAGAAUACAUCUGGCAGGGGGUCGUAAAUCAAAAUUGUCCAGAAUGUGGUUGGCAACUCUAUCCAUAUUCAUUAUUUGUUUAUUGUUUACAAUUUUUACAAGACAAGCAAUGACUCAUCCUCAGUAAAAAUUGCAAUGCAGCUGUUCCAUCUCAUGUUUACAGGCCCUGAGGUAGCCUCGUGGAUCUUGUUUUGAAAUAUAAAGAUACCCCAAAUAAUGCACAAUGGAAUAAGAAUCCUAUAACAGACUGGGUGAUACAGGGCUAAUCACCUUAUAUCAACAUUCACAAUAUACAUAAGUCAUUGAAGUAUAGUAUUUUAUAUGUGAUGUAUAUUUGGGUUGUGUCUACUUAGCAAAUAAUAUAAAGUUUUGUGAUGAAAAAAAGUGAAGAAUAUAUUUGAAAUGUAUUGAGGUUAUAGAAAUAUAAAGAUUAUAAUAAAUCAUCCGAUAAAUGUUUCCUCUGGAAAAAAUUCUUCAGAGCUCUCGUCAAGUAGCGACUUCUGUAAAUUGCGUAGUCAAAGCGAUGGCUGGCUAGAUGGUGAUGUGUUUGAUUUUUAAAAAAUAUUAACUGUUGUAAUGCAAAAUGGAGAUCUUUGUUGGCUAUGGUGACUAUGUCUGGCGCAGUGAUACACAAGUCAAAAUUUAAGUGACAGUGUUGGAAAAUGAAAACCGCUGAAAGACGACGACUAUGAAAUUGUUAACUAUAUUGACUGUCAGAGGCCCCUUCUGCACCAUAACAGUGCAGGUAUGAAACACACCCGCUCUGGGCAGACAAUGUAGCAGAGACCCAAGUCAGUUUUAUCCACUAUACAGUAAUGAGUAUUGUUACCUCACUCAACUGUAAAGAAGAGAUACCCACACUGUACUAAAUAAUGCACGGUGUAUUAUACGCCAUCACUGAUCCAUGUUUCACUUGCAACUUACUUUUCUUAAAAUACAGUUUUAAUUAUAGCCAUCCACUUGUAAGUGUGUAGACUUACCACUAGAAUUGUGCACAACCUCUGAAAUUAGCUCUGAAGUUGAAAUGUAUCUUUUAAUGUUUUAUUAAGUGUUUUUUAUUCACACUGCUGCUGAAAACCUCACUUGAGUCCACAUUACCAGUUUUACAUAAUCGAUCACCUCAAAGCUACAGUUUACCAGUUUCGAAAGAUCCUUUGUUUUUAAUUCAGGUUUUCAGAUAAAGUAUAAACUCAUUUGCUUUCUUUGUGCUGUUAUACAUUGUGCACUCUAGCAAAUAUAUAAUAAACACACAAAGUACUUUUCUAUGUAUUUUAAUAAAACUAACACAUCUGUUUCUUGUCUGAAACCUUCUUUGUGUCUCAUCCUCUUGUUAUUCCUUGAAAUUAGUCAAGGAGAUGUUUUAUGUACUGGCCUGCCAUGUAAACUGGACAUACUGUCAAAAGAGAGUGCUGUGAAACCAAAUCAAUCUGGCCUGUCACAAUACUAAAGAUAACAAACACAAUAUUGCUGUUUCUUGCACAAAAUGUAUUAGUCAGUUCUUUGGGAUAUAAUGUGGUUGUCUAAUGAACUGCAAAGGUUUAUAAAACACUAUUUAUGAGGUUAAUAUCCAGCCUGGGUAAAAGUAUUUAAGUGUUUGAUAUUUGAUUAAUUUAUAGCCAAACACCAAUCAGAUAUUUUCUAGCUAAAUUAUGCCUUCAUACUGCUGGAAAUCUGAGCCACUUGUUUUCAGCUUUGAUGAUUGUUUAUUAUUAUGCGUGUGAUUUAUCUUCAAUUUAUCAAUAAAGCUCCCAAUACUAUAAUUUUUUUAAUUUUAAACAGAGAUUGACCUCGAAUGUUUCAGUAUUUGGGCCUUGUUGUACUUCUUUACUUGGUUUCAGAAUCCAUUGUUGUGUUGACAAGCACUCUCUUUUAACAGUUGGUCCUUUGUUGUUGAUGUGGAAUUUCCAUUCAGUGUUCUCUCUUUCACUGUACUGCAUGUUUUCCUUUAUGUAUUAGACUUUCAGGGGCAAAUACUUUGACAAUUGAAGGUGAUGAUACUGAUUGUAUAGAUCAUUUUCCAUUUCUAAAGUGGAAAAAACAGGCAACAAAUAAAUAUGUUAAUGUUUUGCCGAUGAUAUUCAGUAUUGGAAUGUAUUAUUCUACACAGAUGUAAAUAGUAAGACACUUUUUAAACAUUACCUGUAACAUUAAAAUGUAUCCAAACUCUUCACUCUUUUGUAAAAAGAAAAAGAUAAGACAUGUCUGUAAGGUAAUUAUUUAUAGUAGUAAUGUAACAUAGAGACUAAUAGCAAAACAUAUAUUUUAAUGAGUAUAUAUCGAGCAUGUUAUUUUUUUAAACAACAAUAUCAGAAAGUGUAUUCUCAUAAGCUCUUGAACAUUUUAAGAUUCUGAUAAACAUUUUCUGUGGUUUGUCAUUGUUCAGUUGCUUUGAUAAACUGUGGACUUGUCCAUGUUUCAUUCACACAAUGAGCCUGCCACGGCUUAAUCUAUUGUUUCUUUAUGUGCACCUAUUCAUUCAUGUCUUUAUUUACAGUCAAUGGUCUUGUCGUCACUGUGGUUUUCUGUCUGUGUACAAAGUUAAAUCAUGUUUUACGAGCAAUAAAGUAUAUAAUAUAAAGUC